GGCGGCGGGCAGCACAAUAACUGUCAUGGUAACCGCUCUCAUCCCGCCCUCAUGCCCUCCUCCCCCGACCACCAAGGUCCUUGAUGGUCUUUCCAACCUCUGUCUCUGAGGGAAUACCACGCAAUGAGCUCGAUGCUAGCCUCAGCACCACCAUCCACACUCUGUUUCCGAAACAGUGACCGUUCAUGACUGAAGCAUGUGGGUGGAACAAUACAUGAACUGAACAGAUAAACAAUCUAACAAAAACCUUACAUAGAAAAUGGAGUCUCAGGAUGAAGACAUGAUUGAGUGCGAAAAAAUACCAUUUUCCGAUGCUCCCCAUAGAGACAAUAAAAUGGCAAGAAGUCCUACCCAUUUUAUACAUUCCUGGGAGUCUGAAAGGAAACUCAUAGAUGUUCUCAUCAGACUCAGUGAGGAGACUUAUGAUGACGACCGAAAGCAAAUGGAUCAAAUCAUUGUUAGUAAUGGAUGGGAUGAUGCGAUGCAUGGCUGGAGAAGGGAUAACUCCUACACCCUUCUUAAGAAGUCAAAGAAAUCACGAAAGGAUGAUAGGAAGGGGAGCCAUUGUGUGUUCUGUGCAGAAAUGGUGCCCAUCCCAAAAAAGAAAGCCUUCCAAAAUAUUGAUCAGUCUAGCCUUUUAUCCAAAUCACCCAGCAGUACAAUGGUGUACAAUUUCACAGAGAGGAAUACCAACUCCUCUACUGAGGGAGCACCUCCUGUCUCACAAACUAAGUUGCAGCUGUACAGCUCCACAGUUUCAGAGAGACAAACAACUAAAGGCACUCAAGAACUUCAUGUCCAAGGCAACAAGAGCGAGCCUGAAGUUAACUCAUCUCAGGAAAUAGAGUGUGAAAUUAUCAAUGCAGAUCCUGACCAACAGACACCAGCAACAAAGCAUUUUUCUGUGCUGCCGCCUGUAAAAACGGCCAAUGGUGAUGAAACAUUUGUCUCAGGUUUCAAAACAGAAAAAACAUUUUGUUUGGACUUACAAAAUGGCAACCGAGAUCUGCAAACUGUGAGUGUAGUGUCGAAGCACAAUAACAAAGACAGUUUGGGCAUUAGGGCCCAUGCUUGUAAUAUGGCCAUGUUACAGGUCAGCAAAAUCCCAAAAGUUGGAAAUUCUGCUCCUGUUGGAUUUACAAGGAUUCCCUUCCUGAGCACCAUGCAUCAUUGGUGCUGGCAAUACUCUUUGAUGCAAGGCCACCAGAACCUGGCCAUCAACGGUGUUCCAGCCUCCAAAAUAAUAGAGUGCCACAGCAUUAGAGUACAACCCUCCAAAAUAACAAAACACCACACAAAGAACUACAAGCAAGCCAACUACAGUAAAUCUACUUAUACUCACAGUACUCCAAUUAAUAUACGUUCAAACAGAAUAAGACACAGGAAUGUCACAGAAAGAGAUAUUCUCCCAGUGAUUCCACAGCCAGGACCACCACAGUUAUCAGGAACCACUAUACCAAUCUCCAUAUUGUCACACAAAUUUCUAUAGUCUUAUCAAAUUUUCUCCUCUUUUCCCUCCCCAAUCCGAGGGUUAGUGGUUAUCAAGAUUGAUCAGAGUGCUCGUUGCCAUCCUGGGUGAGAUUAGCUAACUCAGUACAGACCAUUCUGCAGAUGCCACACCCAGACUGGAAAGUUUAUUGUGGUGUCACAGGGAAGGGGAAGUAGUAAUCUAGAAUUAAUAAUGCACAAUAAUUCAUUAUGUUGAUUAGCAAACAACACAGAUGUACUUGGGAUAGCUAUAUUCACUUGCAGUGAUAAAUGCUUCUAUUAAUUUAUGUAAAAUGAAUCUAGUAUGGCAGAACCUCGAAUGAUGUUAUACAAGUGCACGUGCAGAUCUCAAAUUACAAUAUCCAAAAUGCAUUUUGUCUCGCGUCACAUGAUUUAAUUUCAUCUUUUGAUGAGAACCAUAGUAGCAAAACAAGAUUAUUAUUUUAUUUUUUUUUUUUUUUUUUUAAAAAAGACUAGCUAUAAACCUGGUGUAAGAUUCAUUUACCAAUUUCCCCUUCACUAAGGAAUCGACCAUCUGGGAUAGAAUUUAUAGCAAUUCUCCAAAGUUUCUGCUAAGUUACAGCAGGAAAUUUUAUUUGGUCUCCAAAAUAAAACAGCUCAUCUUUCACUUCUCCACAAUAUGCUGAAUCAUCCCUAGAUAAUUUUGUUUAAAAAUCUGCUGUACCUAAAUAACUAUAACUAUGACCAAUAACGUGUGCGCGCGUGUGUGUGUAUCCCCUAUCCUCACCAUACACACUUCAAAUAAAUCACUGGAUAGACAACCAGGAGCAGUGACCUAGGAUAAUUAUUUCCUGGCCUAUUAUAGACCCUGGCCUAUUCCAUUACAAUUAGCCUACAUUGUUGUCUUAUGUAGAUGUAUGUAUCUGAUGUGUACAUGCAUAAAUAGUUUCACUAAAAUGAUAAAAAUCACUGCAGACUUCUUUGACUGUCAUCGAUAACUUACUGAGAAAGGAGAUUUGUUUCAAAUGAUGCCCUAGGCAAAUUUUAAGGCAUCAACCUAACGGGUGACUUUUUUUAUUCAUUCAACACAUUGCUGUGAUAAGGAUGGCAGAUUUCCUUCCCUAUAUGGCAUUAGUGAACCAGAAGCAUUUAUAUGACAAUCAAUAACAGUUUAAUGGUCAUCAUUGAACCCAGGACCCAGAACAUUACCUCGGUCUGUGGAUUUAUAGUCGAGCAAUAAUACAACUCAGCCAACACCUCCUCUGGCUUGCAAUUUGAGGCCAACUGGCUUGUAACUUGAGAAUUUCUUUUCUCUUUUUAUAACUAGUGUUAUAUCUGGAGUCAACACAUACCAACCGAAUAUGGAUUGUUACAUACAACGCAUCUGAAGCAUACAAAGAAACUAUUCAAGUUCUGUAGUGGUACAUUGUCAGCGGUGUUGAUAUAAACAAUAACCACACUUGUUUUCUUCUAGAAAGAUCAUACACCUUUGGAUAAAAAACAUGGAACACAGAACCAUGGAACAUUCAGCGAGAAAUAUUGGACUAAAUUGAGAGUCAAAAGCAAGAAACUUACCCCUGGAUGUUUUCUACGAGUCUUAUUUUUAAUAGUUAUAAAAAUGUUAUUUAUUGUCCAAUUUCUAUUUCACUAAGUGCCACUCAUCAGCCCUUAUGCAUCAAUUCAUUGUGAAAUCAGAAACCAUAGGGACUCCCUCCUUUGUGGGUAGGCAUCUCUUCAUACUAAUAUGAGAGUUUAAGAAGCCAUACAAAAUUGCAACUAAUAACUGGCACCCGACCAUGCUGGAUUCUGAAUCAGAGCUACAUUUUUUGAAGAUUCAUUGCCUGAAACCUGUUGGAAGAAUCUGAAAGCCUGAAGCAAUACUAAAGUUGUAAGGAUGAAAUUGGCAGUGCAUAUGGCGGGGGGUUGCCUACUGCUGGUGGAAAGGAUUGCCCAGGACAGGCGUCCCUGGAACAUGUGGUUUUACAUUAAAAAUUAUGCAUUUGGUUAAUUAAACAUUUUUAAUAUGUCAACUUA